CCGUCUCGCCCGUGCCUGUGUCUGCUCCGACUUCAUCGCCCUGCCGCGGCUGCAUCGCUGGAAUAUCAACACUUCCGACCGAACCAGAAUGAGGCUGUCGACUGAGCUUGUCAUUUCCGCGAUAGCCCUCAAAGGCUUUUCAAAAUUCCUCCAGUGCCUGUCCAAGAUUGGCGACGAUCUGUACUGGGAAGCACGCGCAGACCAGCUGCUGCUCGCAACCGUCAACUCGUCACGAUCGGCGUUUGUCAUCUUUACGCUGCCGGCGCUGUUCUUUGAGUCCUACGAAACCGAGAACCUGGACUCGAAGAACUUUAUCAGCUGCAAGAUCCUCUUGAAGUUCAUCACAAACAUAUUCAAGUUCAAGGCCAAUCUGGAAAACGUCGAGAGCUGCAAGAUCAUCCUGCAGAACGGCGAUGAGCCCGAUGAGAACCAGGACCGAAUUGUGAUCCAGCUCAUCUGCAAGCAUGGCGUCCUGAAGACACACAGGCUUCACUACGAGAGCUGCGAGCCCAUUCGCGCCGUUUACUUGAAGGAAACAUGCCAGGGCUCGUGGCUGGCAUCGCCAAAGGUCAUCCAUGAAUGGUUGGUGCACUUCAACCAGAAGCUCGAGGAGGUGACGAUGAUCUGCGACACCGACUGGAUCAAGCUCAAGAGCUUCACAGACACCUCCACAAACACCCAAGAUCGCAUCAGUCAGAGCCUCCAGACUGAGGUUACCAUGAACUCUGGCGACUUUGGAUACUUCAAGGUCAACCAGCUGGCCGACCUGACAUUCAAUCUCAAGGAGCUCAAGGCCAUCCUGUCGUUUGCCGACACCAUGAACCAGCCCGUGAUCGCUUACUUUGAGCGCACCGGAUGCCCGAUCACAUUCUCGGUGUCUGUGCCGGACACCUAUUCGGUUGAUUUUGUCCUGGCGACUCUCCAGGUCGAGACAGUCGACCCCGAAGCCAUGGGAGCCAUGGCGACUACUGUGCCGCCAACAACGGCCGCCGCCGCAAACCACCCUGACUCGGCGCACAUCGCAAACUCUCAAAAUGCAGCAUCGGUACACACUCCUCAUCACUCGAAUCGCUCCACUCCGCAGCAUCCGGCGGCUCGGGGUGGCAGUACGACAACAUCAUCUCGGACAGCCACGGAUGCAGGCGAUAUGAUGCCACCGCAGGCCUUCAGCCAAGCAUCAGCGAACGCCGCUGGGGCUGCUGCCUUUGGAUCGCCCUGGGGUCGACCCAGCCAGCACGUUCUGGAGGCCGUGGACCACAUGGCAGUCGACACCCAAAACGACCUGUCCCGGAACCUGAGCCUGAGCCUAUCUUCACCGCAGCCGAGCCUGGUGUUGCCACAACGACGCCUCCUCCCGAUCGAUACGAGCUCACAGCCGAUGCAGGUUGUCGACGAGCCCAGCAUGCGCAGCUCGAUGCCGCCGGCCUCACUGGCAGAUGACUUGCAGCCUGAUUUCAUGGACCAGGACGAGUCUGCAUCGCACACGCUCUUCAGCACAAACCGGUCCCCGGCCGAUCUGAUCACGCAUAUGCGUCCAGGCUCGAGCAUCGAUGUCCAUGCGUCGAUGCAAGUGUCCUCGCAGGAGGAGCCGGCUCCGUCCGCGCGCUCAGCCGCCCAGCCAACAGGAAGCCGGCACAGCCUCCGUCAAUCGCCGCUGCAAUCGGCUUCUCAGAGCUCGAGGUCCGUCGAUCCGACACACCCUGUCUCGACCGGGGUUCGUGCAGAGUCGAGUGCAGAGGGAGCCUCGGUCCGUCCCACGAACGACCUGCCAAGUACCGAUCGCCAAAGCCAGCAGCAGCAACAGCAGCAGCAGCUUGCGCUCAAUGGAGUCGCAGACGACAUGGACACCAACGAAUCCACCGAGAUCCUGCCUCCGUCUCCCAAGCCCAACGAGCAAAGACUGCGGACGCUCUUUGGCGCUUUCGGGAACCUGGGCGGCCAAGGGCGACCAACCUCGUCUGCUCGAGAAGCCAGACCCGAAGACAGGGCCGGGAAUGCGGCGCAGAACCUUGCCAACGACGAUGAUCCGGUUUCAUUUGGUGACCUGCAGUUUCCGUUCAAGACCCCAGCCAACACAAGCGGAGGCGACACAACCGCCUCAACAGAUGCCGUCCAUGUACGUCUGCACGAUGCAUGCACCGACGUUGUAUCGAUGCUGUAUUGCCGAUGCAUGCCAAUGUGCUGACGCUACAUCGAUGGCCUCGCUCCUCACAGGUUCCCUUGGGCGGUACCGGCAAUACAGGCGAGUUGCCCG